ACGUCCGUCUCCCUCUCCAGUCUCCCAUUUCUUCCCCGCCUUCUGAUUCCAGAAUCGUAUGUACCGUCAUCUCCUUCUCUUCAAGACCACGCCCCGAUUCACUUUACCCUACUAUACCUUACAUAGGCCCGCCACUUUGACUUUUCCGCCUGGCCCGUUUUAGACCCUCCAGUCCCCUCCCCUUCUAGAACACUUCCUCUUCCACUUCCUCUUGCUUCUCCUCCACCUCUUUCCUCAUCAUCUUCCUCGUCCACCUCUCUUCAUUACCCCUCUCAAAUCUGACCUUUCGAGUCGUGUUCUGUUCUGUUUGUUUGCCUGUCUGCUUGUCUGUCUACCCAUCUCCAACAUGUGUACGCGCGGCUUCACGCGGUCCCCUCACACAACUCCCGCCUCGGCCCUUGCGGUUUGCCGCUCUGGGGCGUCACCGAUGGCUUUCGUAACCCUCGGCCCUCACGCGCCUGGUCAAGUGCCCUGAGAGAUCGAUCCAAGCUGGAUCGCCGAGCUGCCUCUGCUGCUUCUCUUUUAUGUUUUGUGUGUGUGCAGGGUCCGAAGCGAGUUACACCGGAGUGGGACUGAUUUGCUCGAAAUUCCUCCAGGCUUUGGCAUCGUGAACACCAGUUGUAACACUCUUCCCAAGUGUAGGUAUUCACCUCGAAUCCACGGUGGACAGCAACAACUGGACUGUCAUUUCUCAUAUCCCGUCUCUUAGUCUUCUUCGCGUUGUACAUCAUCUCAGGCAGACUUCAAAAUCUACGACAGCCGGCAUGGCCGACACCGACCUCUCCACCAACGGCAGCGGCGAGUUCUGGCUGUACGGUUAUGGGUACGUUUUCGACCCUUCGAGAUCACCCUCGAUCCCUGCCGCUCUCCCUACUGGGCUGGACUGGACUGGGCUGCUAUUGUCCUCCAGCUCCUCCCGCCCUCCCGCAUGGCGCACGCAUCCCUUCAAGACCACAGAGGCACACCCGAAGCUCCUGGCCGUGUUGUCACGCUCAUCGAGCGCUCGUUCUGGGAGCAGCUGACCGACCACCACGACUCGGCACCUGAACGUGUCUGGGGUGUCGCCUACCGUAUCAAGGCAGACAAGGUCGCCGAAGUCAAGGACUAUCUUGACAUUCGCGAGAUCAACGGAUACACGAUCCACUACGCCCCUUUCUAUCCAGCUGAUGGCUCCGAGCCAAUCCGCACACUUGUGUACAUUGGCACCCCGGACAAUGACCAAUUUGUCGGGCCACAGGAUCCUCAGGCUCUCGCCGCCCACAUCCGGAAGAGCCGCGGCCCGAGUGGGCUAAACAUCGACUACCUUCUUGGCCUCGAAGAAGCUCUUGACGGACUGAGCCCGGAGAGCGGUGACGUCCACAUCACCGACCUCUCCAACAGAGUACGGGCCAUCAUUUCCGCCGAGGAAACAUCACACGAUGCUACGCAACCACCGUUGUCAGCCGUCGGCAGUACUUUCAAGCAAGAAAACAGCGUCAAGGAACAGGAGGAGACUGAAAAGACAGACUGA